AUGGCCAAAAGAUACGAGGGACUUUCUAUAGGAAUUGACCUUGGCACAACCUACUCAUGUGUUGCUACAUGGCAAGAGCAAAACGAUCGAGCGGAGAUCAUACAUAAUGAACAAGGGAACCAAACCACACCUUCUUGUGUUGCUUUUACUAAUGACCAACGGUUGAUUGGAGAUGCUGCAAAAAAUCAGGCUGCCACUAACCCAUCCAACACUGUCUUUGAUGUAAAGAGGUUAAUUGGAAGGAAAUAUAGUGAUUCCAUUAUCCAAGAUGAUGUAAACUUGUGGCCAUUUAAGGUCAUUGCUGGUAGUGAUGACAAACCCACAAUUGUUGUAAAGUACAAGGGUGAGGAGAAGCACCUUGCUGCUGAGGAAAUCUCAUCUAUGAUUCUCACAAAAAUGCGGGAGAUUGCAGAAGCAUUUUUGGAGUCACCAGUAAAGAAUGCAGUUGUGACUGUCCCUGCUUAUUUCAAUGACUCUCAACGUCAAGCUACCAAAGAUGCUGGAGUCAUUGCUGGCCUCAAUGUUAUGAAGAUAAUCAAUGAACCCACUGCUGCAGCUCUUGCAUAUGGGCUUCAAAAGAGAGCUGAUUUAGUUGGAGAACGAAAUGUUUUCAUCUUUGAUCUUGGUGGUGGAACUUUUGAUGUGUCUCUUCUCACAAUCAAGGAUGAUACCUUCAAAGUUAAGGCCACGGCUGGAGACACUCACCUUGGAGGAGAGGACUUUGAUAACAGAAUGGUGAAUCACUUCAUGCAUGAGUUCAACAGGAAGAACAAAGUGGACAUCAGUGGGAACCCAAAAGCCAUGAGGAGGUUGAGAACUGCAUGUGAAAGGGCAAAAAGGAUACUUUCAUUUGCAACUGAGACCACAAUUGAGGUAGAUGCAAUAUAUCAGGGUCUUGAUUUCUCUUCAGUAGUCACACGUGCCAGGUUUGAGAAACUCAACAUUGAACUCUUUAGAAUGUGUAUGGAUACUGUUGAGAGGUGUCUUAGUGAUGCUAAGAUGGACAAGAAUGAAGUACAUGAUGUUGUACUUGUUGGUGGGUCAUCUAGGAUUCCCAAAGUGCAAGAGCUAUUGCAAGAAUUCUUCAAAGGGAAGGACCUAUGCAAGAGCAUCAACCCUGAUGAGGCUGUUGCUUAUGGUGCAGCUGUGCAGGCUGCUUUACUGUCUACAGAAGAAAUUCAAAGAUUGAUUCAAGAAGCUGAGAUGUAUAAGGCUGAAGAUAGAGAGUACAAGAAGAAAGUCAAAGCAAUGAAUGCUUUGAAUGAAUACGCUUACAAGGUGAAGAAUGCUGUGAAGGAUUCCAAGUUUAGUGCUAAGAUUAUAGCAUUAGACAAGCAGAAACUUAAGGAUGCAAUCAGAGAAGCCAGAAAUUUGCUUGAUGGUAACCUGCAGGCCGAUUCAUUUGUGUUUGAGACCUGUAUGAACAGGCUAGUGAGCAUUUUUGAACCAAUUAGAGUGAAGUUGAACCAUGGAUGGAAUGAUGAGGAAAGUGAUGUGGAUGAUGAUUAA